ACUGAAAACCCUGAAUGAGUGAGCGAGUGAGUGUGAGUGAGUCAAGCAGCCGUUCUUUCCCGCCACGGUUUCAGAUGGGUGUGCGUGGGUGGGCGCGCGGCGCCGCGCGCCCGGGCUCGGCCCUUGGGCCUCAGGGAUGGCGUUCAACUGGGAGAAGGUGAACCCGGAUGGCGCCAUUGAUCCGCUUCCGCUGCCCUACUGCAUCAUCGAUGAGGUCAUCGAAGACAUCAUCGAAGCCACAGGCGAGCAGGUGGACGUGAUCGAGAAGCGGAAAAGGUCGGCAGAGUAUGAGUUCUCUCUGCCGCAGGCUGGCCCGAGCUCCUUUGUGCAGGUGCCCGGGCGGAUUGCCUGCGCCUUUGUGGAGCCCAGAGGGACCGCAAGGAUGGCGCUUGGCACCAGCCAAGGGGAAGCGCUUUUGGUAGACACUCGAAAGGGCGAGGUGGUGGCGCAUGCACACCCCUUCCCAGAGGGCGAGCCGGUGACCUGUGUGUCCAUUUGCUCGGAGGCUGCCUACCAGGAGGUCUUCGCAGGGCCAGGCAUCGACCCUCCCGCUUUGCCGCCUCCGAAGAUCAAGCUCUUUGCCGCUGGGGUGUCACCCACAAUCUUUGCGUACGAUAUUCACAAGGAAGCCUAUGGCGUCCUGUUGAAGCCUUCCUGUGCAAUCCACCUGCCGGCACCGGCCGAAUCAGAGGAGCGGCCGAUGAUCGAACAGCUCCACACCAGGGGCGUGUGCGGGGGCAUUUGGGUUGUUUGUUUGCUGUCCGACCGCACAGUGCGCGUGUACCUCGCCCCGCUGGGUGUGCCUGACUUGCAGGAUGAGGAGAACGUGGUCUUGGACGCGCCCAUCGCUGAAGGGGACGAGGAUGAGGAGGAGGAGGAAGCUGGCGAGACCGGGGCUGGGCAGGAGGAGUUUGCCCAAGCCAUGCAGGUGAAUACGCCAAUGUACAACUUCGCUUUGACACAACUCGCUCCGUCCCGAAGUCUUCCUAUGCCGGAGCUGGAUACGAUCACCCUGACGGUCUUCUCCCCGCGACCUCGGGACGGCGCCUACGGCUCGGGGAUCUCCGCUGGCCAGGUCCCCACGCUGUGCUUCUCCUCCUCCCUGGAGUCCAAUGCAGUCUUGGCGCACGCGAUCCCAUCUCCGGGUCCAGUGACAGCUCCCGCCGGCCUGGAGCUCGACGAGCUCCUGAUGCAGGCUGUGCCGGCCCACGGCGUCUUGACGGACCCCGAAACUACGUGCCAGCUCCAGCCCAGGCGAAGAUGGUGUCUUCCUGCAAAGACCAGUGCGGUCGCGGUGGCACCAAAUGGAGGAAUCUUCGCCGUUGGGGGCUCCCAGGGUUCCCUGGCGCUGGUAAACACCGCCGCUGGCCCUUCUCUUCGAACGAUGCUGCCUGGACACUACGGGGCAAUCAACGCGCUGGCCUUUCAUCGGGACCGCGUGCUGGUGUCUGUGGGAGCAGACUGUUGGGUCCACCAGUAUUGCAUGCAGACCGACACGUUGCUGGCCCGGCACCUUGCCUCCGCACCGCCUGAGCCAACGACAGUCCUGGGAGCGGCGGCGUGCCAGACCAUCAGCUUGGCGGUGACCCUGGAUGGCGAAGGCAGCCUGCGGCUUUGGGACACCAAGCGGGGCUGCAAGAUCGCGAAGAUGACCUGUCUGGGGCCCGGCGAAGUGAAGGAGCCCGUGCACGGGGAGGAAGAGCAGGCCACCAUCAAGCCGGUGGUGACGCUAGAGCAGGACGAGACACCUAAGCUGCUCCUCACCACAGCCUCGGGCUUUUGCGUGAUCUGCAUGUCAGAUCCCCCGGAGCCCGAGGAGCCAGAGAACACGGAGCCCGCGGACGCGGAGGCCGAGGACGCCGAAGCACAAGAAGGUGACGCAAAGGAACCGCCACCUGAAGCUCAGGAUCGAUCCUGGCUGGUCUUUUUCGACCAAGUUUCACUGCUCAAGAAGCUCUUCCCGACCCUCAAGGGUGAUGUGGCCAAGCUCUUCGAAGCCUUGUCUAAGGAAGACCUCUUGAAGCUGCAGCCGCAGGGGGAGCCCUCCACCAUGGAGAAGGCCCAACUGCUGGGCCAGCGGAAGCCACCGCCAGACCCCUCGGCACGUGCGCAGGCGGCCGACAAGACGCGUCUGGCCAGCCGCAGCCGCAGCAAGCCCGGCAUGGCCACGCAGAUCGCGAAGCUCACCGCAGAGAAUCUGCGGAAGUUCGCAGCGGCUCAGGCUGCGCAGGAGGCGGCGGCAGGAGGUGCAAAGAAGGUCGCCUCAUCCUUCGGCUCCGGCGCAUUCAUGAGGUCGGCCACCAUGAACACUGCCGAUCGGCAGAAGGCUGAGGAGGCGAUCACACCUCAUUGUGUGCCCAAAAAUUGGCAGGUCAAUGUCCGAAAGCAGCUGCGGAAGGGGCUCAGCGGCAAGGACACUCGCCAGACGAAGAUCCAAAAGCGCUUGGAUCAGCUCAAGAAGGAGGUUGGUGGCGAAUGAGCCUCGGCCUUUCAGAGAUGAUGUCAAUCUCAAGAACAUGUCUUUGCAGCAAAUGAGAUUGACAUGGUG